GCACUGUUUUUGUUUAAACUCUCUUUUCUCUUACUGUCCCACUUCUUGUCCUUGAUUUCUAGCUAUCCAUUUUACUCUACUUCAAUUCCAACUCUUAAAGUUCUCAAAAACCUCCAUGCCACUCAGUCUUUGCCUUGGUUUGCCUGUUUCUGUCCUUUCUCUAACAAAGCCACAGAUGUUUUGAUCAUUCUGUCUCUGAUUACUGAAUUUUCUUGGGAUAAUUCAUCCAUAAAUCUUGAGAAAAAGCUGCUUGUUUUUUGUCCUUUAUAUUCCUCCAAAAUCCACAGAAUUCGAGUCAUUCUCCUUUUUUGACUUCCUAUAGUUCAAUGAAUCUUGGUCAAUGUUUAAGACUUCAAAGUUGUUCUUCGCCUACCGUAAUUGAAUCCUUUUUUCUCUUGACCACCAAGUAUUCUCGUUCUUGAAGUGCUCCAAAUUCCUCUUGAUAAACACUUUUUGCUUAUAUGUUUAAUCUCUUAUUGAGAAACGGAAACUGAAACUGUUGUGAUCAUUAUGUGCUCGGAAACAGGUCCUUGGGUAUCAUUUUCGCAUGAUCUCAAUGAAUCGCAAAGGGAUACAAUGCUUUUGGAUUCUUCUUCUGAUUUCGAGUUCAACAUUUGCAGCAGCAGCUUUGAGCAAGAAUCUUCUUCAGCUGAUGAGUUAUUUGCAAAUGGAAUGAUACUUCCAGUUCGGCUUCCUAAGAAACAAGUAGCCCAAAAAUGUGAACUCCCAGUACUUAUUUCUCUUCCUCCACAGCCUAAAUUAUCUAUAGCUGAGAAUUCAAAGAACGAGAGCAUGAGUCAGAUCAUGCCUGUAAACUCUGAUUUGGAAGAAAAGCCACGGUCCAAGUCUUUUUGGGGUUUCAAGAGAAGUAGCAGUCUUAACUGUGGUAUAAAAAAUAGCUUAAUUUGCUCGUUGCCACUUCUUUCGCGAAGCAAUUCAACUGGUUCAGUUCCAGAUCCCAAGCGUUCAUCGAUAAAGGAUAGUAACAAGCAUAGUUCACAAAAGCUGUCAUUCAUUUCAAAGACGAAGUCAUCGUCAUCAUCAUGUUGUUCUAGUUGCAAUGCUUAUCAGUUUCCGCAUAAGCCUCAUUUGAAGAAAAGCCUUGGGAAUUCUUAUGGCUAUGGUGUUCGAAUUAAUCCUGUCUUGAACGUGCCAACUCCUUACAUCUCUAAAGGAACUGCAAACCUCUUCGGUUUAGGUUCUUUUUUACGUAAUGGGAAAGAUAAGAAGGGCAGGAAAUGAAUUUUCAUUCACUAAAUUCCAAUCAAGAUUAUUUGAUUUUCAGAUCAUUGAGAUGAAAUUCAUUCUUUUGCUGAUCCAAGUCAUGUAAAACAACUUGGUAGAUUGUACCGACAAUUAAUUAUUGAACAGAUGGAAGCUUAGUUUUACAGGACAAAUAUUAUGAUCAUCAAAUGUAACACCUCAGUCAUCAGGAUAUAUAUGUGUGUGUGUGUGUGUGUAAAGAGUUAAACCUAUAUUGGUGAUCAGGUACUUUUGGGAGAUAAAAUCAGAAGAUUUUUUAGUGAAAAUGGAUAAUACUUUGCAAGUGGAGUGUGGUUCUUUGAUCUGAAGAGAAAAAGACGAUUGGAGUAAAGAUUUUGGGAUGUAAGUUGAUGCACAUCUAGACAGAAAAACAGGUAUCCAUCUUUUAUGGCUUGUCGGAUUCUAUUUAUCCCCGUAUCUUUUGGUUAUUUAAAAGAAGCUUUAGGCCUUGGCUUUACCAUUCUGUAGAUUAAGAGGAUUUGGUUGUGUAUGCUUUAUGAAAGAUUUUCUUUUGUUUUGUGUCACCAUUCAUUCUUCUUUUUAAGAGAUUAAGAUGAAUCCAAAUGGUUUUAAAGAAACACAAAUUGUUUGUAUUAGCUUCAACUACACUUAUAAUCUAAUCAUGGACCAUUUUUGUUGGGUGUCCUGGCCCUCUCUCUUUUUUUUUUUUUUUUUUUUUUUUCUCUCCUUGAUUUGCCAGCAAAUUCUACUGUCAACAUUUGUUUGGCGAACUGUAAGAUUUGUGUCAAUCAGGCCAGGAAUAAAGGUUUUUUCUCCCUGUGCCAAUCAUUCCAUGAUUUCUUCCCUGCUGGGGGCAAAACCCUCUUUCUCUUCCUUCAGGUAGAAUCACAGCAUUAUUUAUCUUGCCAAAACUCUACUUCUGUGCACACAAGCUGAAAAUAACAUAUCAAAUUUUAAAUAUAUUGGAGAAUAGUUUUUUUAUUUUGGUUGAAAUCAGAAGGACAUUGGAAAUAAGAA